AUGAUUUAAAUAAAUGAAAAUAAGCUCAAAAUUAAUCUCAUUAAAAAAAAGCCUAACCUCAAGAUACAAACCUCUAUGCUACCUACAGUUUCUGAAGCUUAAAUGAAAUCUAAUUAAGUUUUCAAUAAUGAGAGUGAAAUCAAUUCACCAGAAGUUAGGAAGUUUGAAGCUCUACUACUAGAUUCUUUGACUAAAACACAUAGAUUAUCUCAAAAAUUUUAACUAUUCUAACCCAUAAUGAUGAAUGAAGGUUUAGAUUAGCAUACAAGAACAAAAUUAUAAAGACCAACAAAUAAUUGA